AUGAAGUUAAUGAGCGAUUACGAAGUCACACUCGUGAACGAUAAUAAGUUUUACGUCAGGUUCAAGGGCCCCGAAGAGACACCCUUCCAGGGCGGUCUGUGGAAAAUCCACGUCGAACUACCCGAUCAGUAUCCGUAUAAAAGCCCUAGCAUAGGCUUUGUAAACAGGAUCUUCCAUCCCAACAUCGAUGAGCUGUCGGGAUCCGUGUGUCUCGACGUGAUCAACCAGACAUGGUCUCCAAUGUAUGAUAUGAUCAACAUUUUCGAGGUCUUUUUACCCCAGCUCCUCCGAUAUCCCAACCCUACCGAUCCUUUGAACGGCGAAGCGGCGGCACUUUUAAUGCGCGAACCCAAGAGCUAUGACGCAAAAGUCAAAGAAUAUGUGCAAAAGUACGCGUCCAAGGAUGCCGCCGAUGAGGACGACAAGGACAGUGACGAUGAUGAUGAAAUGAGCUCGGUAGGGAGCUACGAGUCCGGCGAGGAAGACGAGGCUGCCGGAAAUAUGGACGAUAUCUAGGAGAGGAUCGAAUCCGCACUCCUCGCUCUGGCCUUGUAGCGAUUUACCUAACGAUUUUGGUUUACGGACACUGGAAGGCGAACCAGGCGUAUAUGUACUCCCCCAUACCCGGUGUGAAUCCCGGGAGUCUAUAGUGGGGUGUGCAGUUGGACUUUUGUGUUAUGGCCGUUCAUUCGGAGACUAUCAGAAGGAUGAUGUCAACCUCCAUCAAGCACCAUUGUAUGCACUGCAAGGGCGAAUAUGGUAGUUCUGGCGUAACAAUGUGCUUCUCGUAGAUAGGGUUGCUUCAUGUUCAUAUAAAUUAUGGUUCAUAUCAAUCACACUGUCCAG